AUGGAAGGGGAGGUACCAUUAAAACACCUGCAUUUUCAUGGUACUGUACCAUGUACAUGGCCUGAGUUAAUUGAAGUUGUGGCUGAACAGAAACGUGGAGCCUAUGCAGUCAAAGGUGACCGUAAAUAUGACAGGAGAGUCAAGGAGCUCACCUACCAGACUGAGGAGGACAAGAAGAAUGUCCACAGACUGCAGGACCUGGUGAACAAGCUGAAGCUGAAAGUGAAAUCCUACAAGAGGCAGGCUGAGGAAGCUGAGGAACAAGCCAACACUCACCUGUCCAGGUACAGGAAGGUGCAGCAUGAGAUGGAGGAAGCUCAGGAGCGUGCCGACAUCGCUGAGUCCCAGGUCAACAAGCUGAGAGCCAAGAGCCGUGAUAUUGGCAAGGUGAAAGAAGCUGAAUGAGGGAUGAAACCAAGACGAGACGCAGUAGCAAGCACUCAUACAAUAUGGACUUCUUGUGAAAUGUUCUCAUGUAAACUGUAAGUCAAUAAAGUUCACUGAGCAUUUAUAUUCUCAA